UGUAGGUAGCGACGGAAACAAGCUAGUGGCUAAAAGCAAUUAUCAGUUCAGACAUUUAAAGGAAAUACUUUUAACGUUAAAAUUGUAUUUUAUAGAGAUGGUUGUAAUAGUUUUGGUAUUUCAGACACACUCGGUCUUAACUAGAAAAAUAAAAUAAAACGACGUUAACGAGCUAACUUGUUAGCAUUACCUUCAGGAUGUCGAGAUGUUUACAACACGUUUCACAGCGGAGCAGCAGAGGGAACUAGCCAAGCAACUGGCCACCUUUCUGUCUCAGUACAGCCACCUCUCCGACUCCUACAUAAUUGAAUUUUUCACAGAAGAUCUGUGGCACACAUUACCCAGCAGCUGGCAGCCUGUGUUGCAGGACCUGUCAUAUCCACAGAUUGCAGACCUAUUGCUGGAUGCCACUCAUGAAGACAGGAGAUAUCCUUCAGUGUGGCCUCUGACUCUCUUGGCUUUCCGUGCCACAGCCCAUGCCCUGGCAUUUCCUAGGGAGAGCAGGAGUGAGGGAUGCAGAGUAGGUGGGUCAGUGAAGCCAAAGGAGUUCCUGGAAAAUCACAGUCAGAGCUCCCUCCUGGGUCACAUUUUCAGGAAGCAUGUUAAACCCAAGAAACAGCAUGAGAUUCGCAAGCUCGGCACACUGGUUAAGCAACUUUGUGAGCAGACUGAUUGCAACAGAGUGGUCGAUGUGGGCUCUGGGCAGGGUCACCUGACUCGUUUCCUGUCCUUUGGACUUGGACUUUCUGUGACUGCUAUUGAAGCUGAUCCAACCCUGGUUACUAUGGCAUCCAAGUUUGAUGGACAGUUGGUGUGGGCCUUGGAGAAGGAGAAGCAGAAAAAGAACUGCUCCUCUCACAUUCCAGCACAAAAUUUUCCUCGCCACAUCGCCGGUUGGGUAAACCCGAAGGCAUCGUGGGAGGCUUUCAUCGGACAGCUAAAAGCUGCAGAUCAUGUCAGUGAAGGUCCCCCAACUCCAUCUGGACCCAGCAAAAAGAAACUGCGAGGCUCUGUGCAACAAGGAGGCCUCCAUGUAGUUCAGACUUCUUAUGCUCGUUCUGAUUCUAACUCUCAAGAGUCUGAACUGUCAAAACAACAAAAGUCAAAAAAGAUGUCCGGAGUGGAAUUCAUUGACGAAAAAUGCUGCUCAUGCAUCCACUCUGACAGUCACGAGGGGGUAUACUCUGAAGAAGACAGCCUUCAAGGCUAUCCAAACUUUGUCCUGACUGGUCUCCAUGCCUGCGGUGACCUCAGUGCGACCCUCCUCCGCCAUUUUGUCAAAUGCCCGCAUGUGCGCGGCAUCACCUCAGUGGCAUGCUGUUACAUGAAAAUCACAACCAAAGAAAACCCCACCCCUCCAGGACUGGUCAUACCGCCUGCUCCACCAACACUGGAUCAAGAGUCAGUUCAGUCAGAGUUUGGCUACCCGAUGAGCUCCUGGGUGUCAGGGCUGUCGGGACAUCAGUUGUCCUAUAAGGCCCGAGAGGGGGCGUGUCAUGCUGUUGAGGACUAUGUGCGGCGACUCAGGGAAGAAAGCGAGUUGCUCAGGUCGCACUGUUACAGAGCGAUGCUUGAGACCUUCAUCAGAGACACAAGGCCAGAUCUGCGCAGGGCAGGAAUCCAGACCAUCAAGAAAUCCCACCUAUUACCUUUUAUAGAAUAUGCUCGUUUGGGUCUGGCUCGGGUCGGACUGCCUCCUGAGUUGCCCCUGGACCUGGGGCGAGUGGAGGCCAUGUUGAAGGAACAGGGCAGGGUGGUGGUGUACUUCAGCUUGUCCCUGCUGCUGGCCCCUGUGGUGGAGACAAUGGUGCUGCUGGAUAGGAUGAUCUACCUCCAAGAGAAUGGUGUGAACAGUCAGCUUGUUCCUCUCUUCAACCCAAACUUCUCUCCAAGAAACUUUGUGCUGGUGGCUCUGAAGCGUUUUGGACAAUGACAACAAAAGGAGAAUUCCCACUUAACCGCUCUUUGUUUUUAGGAAUUUUAAAUAUUAAAUAUUAAGAAAGGUUUUAAGCUUUUAAUCCAUCUGAACAUCAUGAUCCUGACACAUACAUGUACCACUGUUUAUCACUUAAAGCCUCUAUGACAGCUUAGAGACAUGCAUGUGUUAGGUAUCAAUUUUCUCUGUAUAGACAGACAUUGUGUUUGUGGUUUGUUUUUAUUUAUUUUAUUUCUUGCGCCAUUUUUAGUAAAGGAGAAAGGGAACAUCAUAUUUUACUGUGUGUAAACAAUAUAUCCAUCCAUCUUCUUGUGCUUAUCUAAUCCAGGGUCAUGGGGAGGGAUUAAGGAUAGAUGUGGGCAUCGUCAUCACCAAGAAAUGUUAAAUCCUAGAAAUUGUGCCAAUAAGCUGCUUUAGAGCAGGUUAUGUUCAGGAUAAAAGAUCAACAAGUUGCAAAAUCACAUCUUACCAUCUCAAAAAUAGAGUCACCAUUCUUGGAAGAUCACUUUGAUCUUGGUGACCAAAUAGUAACAUGACCUAAACAUUUUUACAACCAUAUAAAGCAGGGACACUAAACUGAUUUUACAUUGUGGGCAACAUACAGCCCACUUUGAUCUGAAUUAGGCCGAACCAAAGAAACUCUUCUUGCUUUAAGUAUAAAGAAGUUAAACAUAAUGCAUUUAAUCCCUGCAAAAAUUGUAAUAUUAAAAAAGAGCAAUUUCAGCAGUAUAUCUCAGUUUUUCUACAUGACAAAAGAAAUGCGCCUAUAAAUCAAAAACAAAUCUGUCACGUUUGUAAAGUGUUUAAAAUUACAGAAAAAGUUGUAAUAGCUCAAUGCUAAGAAAUGUUGGGUUUUUCUAUAGUAGACAGUGAAAAAAUAGAAAUUUUUCUCAUAUUUAUUAUUUAUUUAUUAUGUAAUUACUUUGGUGUAUUAGUAGGAAUGGGAGAGGGCUUUAUGAGUUAUGUUGUAAAGCUUGUGAAAAUACAGUAAAAACUUCAAAGUUUAUGUCCUCCUUAAUAUUUCCAGUGGGCUUGAUCAAGUCUUUACCAGGCCAAUUCUGGCCACUGAACGUCUAAGAAAUAUAGAUAUUUUUUGGAA